AGCGGUGACACAGCGGAAGUAAACAGUAAUCACGUUACACCCCGGAAGAAUUGCCCCUUUCUCUGAUUAACGUUUGAAUAACGACAAUGAUCAAUUUAUCCCGCGAGCAGACGAUUAAACACGACGCUGCGAACGUCGUACGACCGUCGGCAGUCUUCAGUCGGGUCUCGGUCUUUGUCUCCGGAGGUUAGAGGCGGUCGAGUGUGAGCAGCAACGCCCUGAUGCCAGCCCGCUGUCCGUGUUUACAGAGCGGCUGACGGAGCUCGUUUCCCCGCAGUGUGUGUUCGCCGAGCCGUGUGUGUGUGUUUUUCAGAUUCAACUAAACCAAACAUGGCUGAACUGCAUGUUGUCGAACCGAGCGGUACCGGCACCAUAGAGCAGCCCGAGCACCGUGAAGUCCGCGGCUCGGUGCGCCUGGCGUCGCCCACUCUCGUGGUUCCGCCGCGGAGCAGCCAGCUCAGCCCCGGCGGGGUGUCAUCGAGCAGCGGCGGCAGCGGGCGGUCGGUGUUCGGGUUCCCGAUGAAGAGCAACCCGAGCUCCCCGUCCGAACAGAUGGGGGACAAACCGGGCUCACGCUGGGUUCGGCUCAACGUCGGCGGCACGUACUUCAUCACGACCAAACAGACGCUGUGCAGGGACCCGAAAUCCUUCCUGUUCCGACUGUGCCAAGAAGACCCGGACCUGGACUCCGACAAAGACGAGACAGGAGCCUACCUGAUCGACAGGGACCCCACGUACUUCGGCCCGAUCCUGAAUUACCUGCGGCACGGAAAACUGAUCAUGGAUAAAAAUCUGGCAGAGGAAGGUGUUCUCGAGGAAGCCGAGUUCUACAACAUCGCUUCACUGGUGCGGCUGGUUAAAGAGAGGAUACGGGACAACGAGAACCGGACAUCUCAGGGCCCCGUGAAGCACGUGUAUCGAGUACUGCAGUGCCAAGAGGAGGAACUCACACAGAUGGUCUCAACCAUGUCGGACGGUUGGAAGUUCGAGCAGCUUAUAAGCAUCGGCUCGUCUUACAACUACGGCAACGAGGACCAGGCGGAGUUUCUAUGUGUCGUUUCUCGGGAGCUCAACAACUCCACCAACGGUAUCGUGAUCGAGCCCACCGAGAAGGCCAAGAUCCUUCAAGAGCGAGGCUCGCGGAUGUGAAGAGAGCCGAGCUGAAUAACACUCAAACCACAGAAACAAUAACAUCGACAUCUCCUCCAGUUUUAUCAUCGAGAUCCACGAGUUUAUCCUCCUCCUCCUCCUCCUCUUUACCGCCUUCGCCGUCAUCAUCAUCCUCCUCCUCGGCUCCCUUCCCUCCUCCUCUGGUGUGCCUUUCCACAGUGGGGGGCUCCCCGACGCCUCCUCCUCCUCCUCCUGCUCCUCCUCCAGUGCUGCAACACGACGACCCUGACUUGUCUUCUUGUUUCUUCUCCUCGUCGGUCUCGGGCCGUGGACAUCCUCGCGGGGAGUUUAAAAGGGAAUACAAGAGAGUUGUUUUCCUCACAGCAGCUUCUUGAUGGUCAGUGUCACUGCGGUGCAGGCUACGGUGCUGAUUGUAGCCCCUCGUUAUUGUUAUUAUUAAUAUUAUCGUCAGUGGAUGUGGACGCCCAGCACGGAGCUACUGUAAGUCAUUAUCAUCAUUAUCAUCGUCACUAUUAACAGACAGGAUACUUCCUCUCUCCUACGGCUCUGUCGACUCUGCAGAAACCUCCUCAGGACUCUCGAAAGGACGUAAAGGAGUGAACACAGCUCCACGGACUGAGCCUCUCUCUCUCUGUCUUUACCUGAAUCCUGUUUGGCGUCUCCGCCGUCUGCACUCCCAGACUCCCGUCAAAGCCAGGAGGUCGGAGACGCGGCGUGACGCUCCUCUGCUCCCUUCGAGUCUUUCAAAAAAAAACAAAAAAAAACGAGUGAUGUGGCGUUUCACCUCGCAGACGCCGCGUCCUGGUUCCGGUCCGGUCCUCACGUUUCCUGUUUUCAGGCUCGAUCUCGGCGAAAGAAAACAAACUCCAAAAAACUCCAAAAAAAAAAAAAAAAAAGAAAAAGACUACACCUGUGUACAAUUUGUCAAGGCAUGUGAGGAAUCUAUAUAAAUCUAUAUAGGCUACAUGAUGAAACUAUAUGAAAAAUUGAAUGCAAAUGGUGUAAUUAUUGAUUUUUCUGUAUCAUAGUUGUCAUAUAUUUACAUAUUCUGGUGGGUGAGUAUUUAAACAACGGUGAAAAUAUCUUCUUUUUUAAAAUUAUUUUCAUUUUUUUCCAUACACACAGUUUUCCUGAAGGUUUCCCGCCCGGUCCACGUGGAUGUGAGUUGACGUGUAUGCAGCCGCCUCUCUCGGCUUUUCUGUCCACGACGAAAAAUAUCAAGUUUAUUUUUUAUUUUCAGCUGCACGCGUUCACUCGAGAAAGACAAGAUACCGUCGACACGUUCUCUCUGAAAUACUUUAGAUCUCUUGCAUAUCUUAAAAUUGUAAUUAGGGAUAAGGAAAACUAUCGUCAUUGCCCGGCGUGGCGUGGCGGCAUUGGACCGUGGCCGUUUUUAUACGUUGCCUCUCUCCCUCCUCACGUGCUACUCUCAUGCCAAUACUCACUCACUCUGCAGCUGCCUCUGUUGCCGGUCCUUAACUCGACACCCCAAUCUCUCGUCUUUACAUUUCUGCAGCACUUGUAGCAACCGAAUCGUACUCCUCACGCUUAAAAAGCCCCGAGAUACCCGAGCCCACGUUCUGUUAUCACAGGAAUAUAACAUACUGUCAGUGAACCUAGCACCAGAUGGGAAGUGUCUUCAGAGGAAAAGCCUUUUCUUAUUUUUACAGACGUUCUGUGACUUUUUGUUUUUCUGUGCCAGCAGACAGGUACCAACAUGGCCAAAGUAUGUUUCUCUUGGAAUAUACUCGACGUUAAGUUGCUGUGUGACGGCGUCGUUUUGAACGACUUGUAACAAUGUAAACGCACACGUCUGUGAUUAGAGCUGAAAUGAUCAGUCAGUUAACUGUUUGUUUCCAGAUGUUUUAUUGACUAAACUAUCAUAAAAAUCAUUGUGAGAGAC